GUCCAUCAGGUGGUACAGCUCUUGCUGUCACGUUGCUCUCACGUGACAUAUGAUAAUAAAGAAACGUGUUAUGUUCACACCGCAGAAAUGGCUGAACAAUAUUUUUACGGAGGAAUUGAAGGGGGUGCUACCCACUCUACCAUAGUGAUACUCAAGCAAAAUGGAUCAGUUGUGGCAACCGCCGAAGGGCCUAGCACUAAUCCGUGGCUCUUAGGCGUUGACAAAUGUUUGACAACCAUUGCUGCUCUAGUAAACGAUGCCAAGAAGCAAGCAAACAUUUCCGAGGACACUAAACUGAAAUCAUUGGGGAUGUCUUUAAGCGGAGGAGAGCAAAAAGAGAUACAGAUGAAGAUAAUAUCAGGAAUGCAGGACAAGUUUCCAAACAUCAGUGAGAACUAUCAAGUGUGCACCGACACCUACGGGGCAAUAGAGACUGCUUCAGCAACAGGUGGGCUAGUGUUAAUUGCUGGAACUGGGUCCAACUGCCAACUCAUAAACCCAGACGGAGAGGUGUUUGGAUGUGGUGGAUGGGGUCAUAUGCUCGGAGAUGGAGGGUCAGCGUUUCAAGUAAGCAUGCUCGCUGUAAGAACCGUAAUUGAAGCAGACGAUAAUUACAGAACGCCUCCUCAUGACAUUACCUAUGUUAAGAAACUCAUGCAAGAAUUUUACAAUAUAAACAGCCGUUUUGCAAUUCUUUCCCAUGCCUAUACAGGUUUUGACAAAUCAAAAUUUUCUGGCUUUUGCAAAGUUCUGGCAGAGGGAGCUAUAAAGGAAAAAGACCCUCUUUGCUGUUGGAUUUUUCAUGAAACAGGCAAAAACCUUGGUAACCAUAUUCGAGGUGUGUCUUCCAAAAUAGACAAGAUGUUAUUAAAUAAAACAUGUGGCUUGCAAGUAAUAUGUGUUGGCAACGUUUGGAAGAGUUGGGAAGUGUUAAAAGAUGGGUUCCUUGAAGGGAUAAAGCCUAGGUCAUCAGAAGACGAUGUUGAAAUAAACAAGUUCCAGUUAAUUAAACUAAAAGAGACCGCUGCAGUUGGUGCAGCUAGCCUUGGUGCCAGGAAAGCUGGCCAUACACUUACCCUGGAUUAUGAGGCUAAUUAUGAGGUGUUUUUUUGCAAGUGACCAAUUUGUGGUGGGAAAUAGCACCCUCAGAAAUUUCAAUUUAAUUUUCUUUUUUCUUGAUUUUCUUUGAAAAUUGAAUCUGCCACUGGUUAUACUGUACCUGUUUUUAUGAAUGCUUUUAGAAAUGAAUGCUGUUAAUAUCAUAUCAAGGGCAUACUUGGCAACUUUCCAUGCAUUAAGCGCUGUCCAGAGUAUAAAGGUAAUGAUGACGUUAUAUGAGCAUACAACAGUAAAAUUUACUUAUACCACUUUUACACUAUCAAGCCAAAACCCAUUUACACUUGACAAUGGAUGCUGCCCUCUAUGGACAUUUUUGAAGAAAACUACCUCAUUAGUCUGCAAUCAAGUUUAGUUUCGCAGGGGGAAAACAUUAUAUUUUAUUUGUACACUAAAAACUGAAUUAAAUAUAAUAAGCAAAGCAAUAAAAUAUAACUUACAUUAUGUUUAUUAUUUUUAACAAAACACUUUCAAAAUAUACAAAUAAUUAUAUUAUUAAAAAAAAAAACUGAAUAAUUUUAAUGAAAGUGGAUGAUUAAAAUCCCGGCUUGGGAAAAACGGGCCUAUCCCGGAGAUGCUACUCCUGAAAACAUUCAGCUUCUUUAAACUCGGGUUCCGCACACCAGAGUCGUUGACCAACACCCAUUUACAACCCCAACUUUGGUGUAUAGACAACUGGGAAGUAAAAGCAGGUUUAUUCCAGAGUCCCGCUAAUACAGUAGUGUUAAAGGGGUAUAGUUCUCAUAUUGGACUGUACUUUCUGUACUCUUUGAUUUUAGUUCAGUAGUGGGUAAAAUAAUUUACAGUACGCACAGAUGUACAAACAAAAAUCUACUCCCGAUAUGUGAUAUAUUAUUUUGCCUAUAUGAAAAUGCACUUUAAAAUGCAUAAAUAGAAAUGUUAAGAUUCAGAAGACAGCAUAAUAUACAUACAUUAUUUAAGUACUUCAUAAGAAUACUUGUGAUAUUAAAUCUUUAAAAAUUCAUCUACAAAUAUAUUAAAAUUGAUUGAACUUUCACCUCAUGUUGGACAAUUAUAAUGGGUAUUUUAGCUUUAAUGGUUUAUACUGAUUUCCAAAGUGGUUCAGUUUGAAA